AUGGUGGUGAAGCAGUGCGCAGGGGCUCCCCGCUUCUCACUUCGGUCAAAUGACUGCGCAUGGAAAACCAGGAAAUCCUGGCUCUCCGCAUUUUCGGCUGCAGUCCCGCUCUUCUUGCUGAGCUACUCCUCCUGCGUGUCGUAUGCUCAUCUCAUUGUUUCGGGAGCCUACGGCUAUCCGAUUCGUGCUGUGGUGAUAACUUCGAUGCAUUUGUUCAGCAGCGGUCUGACGGGCCUGAUCUUGCCGAUGCGGAGCAAGUGCCCGUUGAUCAUUCCAUCAGCAGAUAUUUCCGUGACGAUGUUCUACCAGAUGAUUGUCAUGGACAUCGUCAAGGCCGCCGCUGACGACGGCACUCUUUCGCCGGAGGCGGUGGCUGCAACCGCCAUGCUGGCACUGCCUGUGAACACUAUCCUCAUGAGCCUGGUCUUCUUCCUGGUGGGGGAGCAGAAAGCGACAGUCAUUGUCUCCUAUCUGCCGUACCCUGUGGUUGCGGGCUUCCUGGGCUCCAUAGGCUUGGCCAUCUUUGUUGGGGCAUUUGCAGUGCUGGAGGAUGGGCUAAGCGGCUUCAGUGGCAUCGCCCAGGCUGCCCAUGACAAACCUUGGCCGCUGUUCUGCGCGGUAGGCAUGGCACUCAGCUCCAUCUUAUUGAAAUACGCCGGACUCCCUGCCCGAGUACUGGCCGUGGCACCAACCCUGACCACCAUGGUCGUCUUCUGGCUUUGUGUUGCCUUCUCCGGCGUGUCCUUGGAGGAGAUCAGAGAGGACGGUUGGCUGUUCCCAGCAGCGAGUUUCGAACCCUUCUGGUCGAUAUGGACUGAACAACAUCCAGCAAAGGUGGUGCUGCAUUUGCUUCCACCCAAGUUGGCCACAUUCCUCGGUCUGGGGUUUGUCCUGAUUCUUUCGUUGACACUCCGUAUUGCGGGCAUCGAGGGCUCAACCGGUUACAUGAUUGGUGUGGACGAAGAGGUGAAAUGGACGGGCAUAGCCAGUGGCAUCGCAGGCUGUUGUGGAACGGUGAUUGGGUCGCACUCUCCUGGCCUGACGACCUUCAACGCGGAAGCUGGAAGUACCACGUUGCAGGCUGCAGUGCUGACAGCAGCCCUGCAGCUGGCUUUGUGGCUGUCUGGAUUCCCCGUGAUGAACUUGUUCCCGCGGUUCUUGCUUUCUGGCAUCUUGAUGAACUUGGGCUUGGUCAUGCUGCAGGAGUGCAGGGCUUCUUGCACCGAAAGUUCGAACGACUACAAACACAGCCUGCAAGUUUGGUCCGAGUUCUGCUAG